ACAUGAGAGGUUUUAAUAUAGAAAAGACACUCACUCACUACAACAUAAAGAUGAGUUCAAUGUUGUCACAAAAAGUACUUUUGUGGUCAUUGAUUUUUUUAGUUUGCAAAGCCAACCAACAAAGUGAAUACCUCUACAAGUUUAUUCAAUCAAAGAGGUCUCAACAAAAGCCUUCACAUGUAGAAUCUUAUUCAAGUACUAUUGUUGAUGAACAUGUUUCAAAGGUACAUGUUGUUGAACAACAAUUAAGGUUGAUGGAAGAUGAUAAGGUGAAGGCUUUGCCUGGACAACCAAAAGGGGUGGAUUUUGAUCAAUAUGCUGGCUAUGUAACUGUUGAUUCAAAAGGAGGGAGAGAACUUUUCUACUACUUUGUAGAAUCAUCUCUAAAUUCUUCCACAAAGCCUCUUAUUCUAUGGUUAAAUGGAGGACCUGGAUGCUCUUCAUUUGGGUAUGGAGCCAUGCAAGAAUUAGGACCUUUUAGAGUCAAUAGUGAUGGAACCACACUUUCCCUUAAUAAAGACGCAUGGAACAAAGUGGCAAAUAUUAUCUUCCUAGAGUCUCCAGCAGGAGUUGGAUUUUCUUAUUCAAAAAAUUCUUUAGAUUACUCUAACAUUGGUGACAAUAGCACAGCCAAAGAUUCUUACAUUUUUCUUCUAAAUUGGCUUGAGAGAUUUCCACAGUAUAAGACUCGAGAUUUCUUUAUAGCUGGUGAAAGUUAUGGUGGACAUUAUGUUCCUCAGCUAGCUCACCUUAUUCUAUCAAAUAAUAAGAAAUUGAAAAAUCACACAAGGAUCAAUUUGAGAGGGAUCGCGGUAGGGAAUGGUUGGAUAGAUGACAAUUUGUGUACAAAGGGAAUGUAUGAUUAUUUCUGGAUGGCUGGUCUAAACUCUGAUGAAACACAUGAAGGAAUUGAUAAACUUUGUGAUUUUGGGAACUUCAACUAUACAAAUGAAUGCAACUUAUAUCAAAGUAGAGCAAAUGAUGAGUUAGGAAAUAUUGACAUUUACAACAUAUAUGCCCCAUUUUGUAAUUCAUCUGCAACAAAAACUAGUUAUUCUGGUAGUGAUUUUGACCCUUGUUCUGAAGAUUAUACUAAUGCUUAUUUAAACCUACCUAAAGUUCAAGAGGCUCUUCAUGUUAAACCCACAAAAUGGUCUUCUUGCAGUGAUCUGAGUUGGACAGAUAGUCCAGCAAGUAUUCUACCAACUAUAAAUGGAUUAAUAUCAAGUGGUAUAAGCAUAUGGAUAUACAGUGGAGAUAUAGAUGGACGUGUUCCUAUAACCUCAACAAAGUAUUCAAUAAAUUCCUUAAAACUGCCUGUGCAUACAGCAUGGCGUCCAUGGUACACUGGAAAAGAGGUUGGAGGAUAUGUGAUUGGUUACAAAGGGCUCGCACUUGUUACUGUUAGAGGAGCUGGACACAUGGUUCCAAGUGACCAACCAUACCGAGCACUAACCAUGAUCUCAUCUUUCCUUCUUGGACAACUUCCUCCUCAAUUAAACUCCUAAGUCUAUUCUUUGUAUAUGUAAAAUCUAUGUAAAAAUUUGAUGAGUUUCAUACAAUAAUUCAUUCAUGAAAAAACGGGUGCUCAAUUUCUACCUUUCA